AUGAAGCUUCUGCUUUGGGCCUGCCUCAUGUAUGUUGCUUCUGCAAAGGAUCACAAAGACAUUCAUGGCCGUCGCUACCCAAUUAACCCAUCUCUGGAUAUUAUUUACCCCAUGCCAGAAAGUGAAUUCACCCCUCCUGUCUCUCCUCCAAGGAAGAAUCUCCCCCAUUACCCUGGGAAUCCUGACCCUGAUACAGGGAUCCCCCCUUACGCCUGGAUCCUCGGUGCUCCUGGAGCCCCCCUCUACCGCAUUCCUAAUUUUCCCAUGCCUUCUUGGUUGUCGCGUCAUCCUCCUCCUGGUGGGGCUUUCAGCCAUGUCCCUUCCUCCAGCAGAAGCAGGGGGCCUUUUCUCCCAGAUGAAAAGGUUAUACCUACCGCAGCUGAACUCUACAUAGCUAUGCCUCUUGCCCCUCCUACUACACCCCCACCCACUAUCCCAGACCUGGCUCUGCCUGCUGUGACUGAGCCUGAUGAAGCUGAACCUGCAGCUGCACCCCUGCGGCCCUAG